AUGGAUAAUUUAUUGAAACCCUUAUAUAAUGUGAAAAUUAGAAAAAAUGUAUGCAUAAAAUAUUUACGUUUUUUAUAUUAUUUAAAGAAAAUAAAAUUUAGAAAAGAAUGGAAUAGGUACUAUAGUUGUGUUUUUCAAAUGUCUGAUGGUUAUAUGAGUAUAAAUGAGUUAGUAUAUAAAAAAUUGGGUACAUCUAUAAAUAUAAAAAAAGUAAAUAAUAAUAAUAAUAAUGAUAAUAAUAAUGAUAAUGAUAAUAAUAAUAAUAAUGAUAAUAAUAAUGAUAAUAAUAAUAAUGAUGAUAAUAAUGAGAUACUUUUUAAUUGUUUUAUAAAUUUUUUUUUAAGAAAAUCUUUAAAAAUUGCUUCGUUUGAUUUUGAUGGUACCUUAAUAAAUAAGUAUUUUUCGAAUAAGCAUAAUAAUAAUAUAAUAUUUGAUAAGGAAAGAAUACCCAUAUUAGAUUCUUUAAAAAAAAAGAAAUAUGAAAUUGUCGUUUUUUCUAAUCAGACAUGUGUUUCUUCAUGUGUCCAAGAUUAUGAACAUUUGUGUUCUCAUAAGUUACCCAAUUUUUUUUUUAAAAUUAAAAACUUUAAAAAUUCUCUGAAUUAUUUUUAUAAGCACUUUAUUAUAACUACACAGAAUGAGCACGAUAAAAAAGAAAAAAAAAACAAGAAAACAAAUAACAAUAAUAAUGAUAAUAUUAAUAAUGAGAAUAUUCAUAAUGAUAAUAUUCAUAAUGAUAAUAUUAAUAAUGAGAAUAUUCAUAAUGAGAAUAUUAAUAAUGAUAAUAUUAAUAAUGAUAAUAUUAAUAAUGAGAAUAUUCAUAAUGAGAAUAAUAAUAAUUAUUAUUAUUAUAAAAUAAUGUAUAACAAUAUGGAAGAUAUAAUAGUUAAGAAAACCAAAAAUAAUACAUAUGACAAAAUCAAUCAAAGGAAAAUAUGUUUUAAUAUAGCAUUAUAUUAUUGUUUCUUAAAAUUAUUAAAUAAGAAAUUACAAAAUAGUUAUAAUAACACAUAUUUAAUUAAUAAAUAUAAUAUUAUGCAUAUGAUAACCUCCUCUUUUUUUUUAAUAACAGAAAAGAGGAGGAAUCAUUUAUUUUAUAAAAAUCUCAAGAAUAGAAUUGUGAAAUUAAAAAACAAGAAUAUGUAUAAACUAUUUUGUUUAUAUUAUAAUAAAAAUAAUAAGAAAUAUAUCCAUUACAAUAAUUACUUGAAAAAAUACAAUAUAUGGAAAUAUUUACAUUUUGAAAAAAAAAUAUUUUUUUAUUACUCAUAUAAAAAAAAAAAGAAUUCAUAUAUUUUAAAUUACAUCAAUUAUUUUUUUUCAUUUGGUAAAUAUGGAAUAGAAGAUAUAGACAUAUUUACUAAACCUAGUGAAGGUCAAUUUUGUUUGUAUAUUUGUUUAGAAUUUAUAAAAUAUUUAAUUAUCUUAAAUUGUUAUUUUAAAAAAUAUUUGCAAUUGUUGAAAAAGAAGAAAAGACUUAUUAUGGAUAAUGAAAGCUUGUAUAUACUUUUAUCUCUGAAUAAAGAUAUUUUUUCCUUAGAUGAAGUUAGUGAAUUAAUGGAUAUGGUAAUAUAUAAAAAAUAUAAUAAAAAUAAACAGGACACAUAUAGAGAUAAUAUAAAUGACCAUCCGUUUAAUGUUAAUAAAUUAUGUUUACAAAUUUUCGAUAUCUAUAUCAAUUCAUUAUUACAAAAAAAAAAAAUGAAUCUAAGUUUAACGAAUUCGUUAAAAUUACAAGAAUCAAAACACCUUUUAUUCUUUAUUAAUUUCUUUUUAAAUGAUCAAGAGCAAAACACUUGGAAAAAUUAUUCUUCCAACUCAGAAAUGGAAAAAUUAAUAAAUGAACAAAAAAAAACGAAAAUUAGAAAAAUUAAAAAUGAACAACAUGAUGAACAAGAUGUUGAACAAGAUGUUGAACAAGAUGAUAAAGAAGAUGAUAAAGAAGAAGAUAUAUUUUUAAAAUUAUUAAAUAAUUCGGACCACUUCGUUACAUAUAUCAUAAUAAAUUUAAUGUAUAAAAAUAAAAUUAUAAAAAAUGUCGCUAAAAAAAUUUCACAUUUAUUUAUUAAUAAUCAAGACAGUUUCUAUGUGGGGGAUAAUAUUGGUCGUCCCUUUGACAAGUGUGACAUUGAUAAAAAGGUAAUUUCUACAAAUAUAUAA